AGCGGUGGGGAUGCGCUAGGUCUGACAGUCUCCAACUGACAGACACUAAAGGGUGUUGCUCCGAGCUGAGAGCAGCAGAACGAUCCGAAACCCGGCUAAAAUACGACUCAACUUUCUGGCGAAUGCAGAGCUUCAGCGAUUACCAAGCAAGCGGGAGAGAUGGAAGAGUUUUUGCAGCACACCAAGUCCAUUCUGAUUAAUAGAAAUGAUCUGCCCAGAGUUCAUGCUGUACUUGGAGACAGAGAGUGUGACCUGGACUCUGCCGUUUCAGCUUUAGCCUACGCUUACUUCCUUUAUAAGACCCAUCCAACAGAUGAUCUUUAUGUGCCUGUUCUGAAUAUACAGAGAUCAGAAUUUCCUCUUCACACUGAAGUUGUGUUCAUUUUACAACAACUGAAUAUCUCAGAUUCUUCUUUAAUAUUCAGAGAUGAAAUUGACCUCCAUUUGUUGAACAGAGAAGGGAAGCUGACUUUAACACUUGUCAAUCAUAAUGUGCUGACGAGUGAUGACAAAGCACUUGAAACUGCUGUUGUCAAAAUAAUUGACCACCAUGAACUAGAGCGACUGCAUUCUACUCAGUGUGAAAUUGUACUGGAGCCAGUUGGAUCUUGCACUACCCUAAUAGUUUCAGAAAUUCUUCAAGAAGCUCCAGAGUUGCUCAACCAACAACUAACACAUCUUUUCAGAGGUGCAAUAAUCUUAGACUGUAUGAACAUGACUUCUGAAGCUAUAAGAGUGACAAUGAAAGAUGAAAAAAUUUUAGCUGCUCUGGAACAGAGGUUUCCUGAUCUUCCUGCACAACAAGAAGUUUUUGAUACCUUGCAGCAAGCAAAAUUUGAUGUCUCUGGUUUUAAUACUGAACAGAUUUUGCUGAGAGAUCUUAAGGAGCUGUCAGAAGGAGAUACAAAACUAGCAAUUAGUACUGUGUGUAUGACCCUGGAGGACUUCCUAUCUCGUCCAAAUCUUAUUGACGAUUUAAAAAUAUUUAUUGGAAGGCAUGGUUAUGAUAUUCUUGUCUUGAUGACUUUCUUCCGAAGUGAUGGUGGUGAAGCGACUCGGCAAGUUGCUAUCUGUACUGACAAUGAUGAGCUAUGCAACAGAAUAUGUAAUACACUAGAAGAAUGUCAGAAUCCAUGUCUUCAGCUAGUGCCCAUAGAGUAUGGGUUUCAGGAAAUCAGAGCAUAUCAACAAGGGAGCUCUUCAGUUUCAAGCAAGCAGAUACUUCCACUGAUAAAAGACUGUAUCCAUAGGCGACAGCAGGGAAUGGCGAUGAACAGGAGAACUUCCUCCACUGAAGCUGUCAAUGGCAGUGCUCCAGUUUCAGAAGGAUCGUCUGGUGUUCUAGACUUGUCUGGUCCUGAUGUAGAUUCCCAGAACACUGAAUAUAUUGGUGAUAAUUUAUUGGAAAACUCUCAAAAUAUGAACUCUUCCUUACAGGCCCAUGGCGAUGGCAAUUUAGAUCUAAUGAGUCCAGAUAGUGGAUUAGCUACUAUCCGAAGCAAUCGCUCAUCUAAAGAAAGCUCCGUUUUUCUCAGUGAUGAAAGCCCAAUUCGAGAAGCAGUAGUGCCGCCCUCCAGCAUUGUACAUGGAUAUGAUCUGUUUAGCUCACCACCUGAAGCUGAAUUAGCAGAGGAAAAGGUUCCAGCAGCUGUGAAUGUGAAUGAUAAUUUUGAUUUGUCUGUCCUUGGUACAUCACAUUGCAGUAAUACUAAAGCUGACUUCGCAGGAGGUGAUGAAGAGUUUUUGAUGAUUGCUAGUUUGCCAAAGUUAGGUUCCACAACUCCAAAAAGUUAUCUCCUGAAAGCAGUUAUAUCAGAGGAAGCCAGUGCAGUAACUGACCUGGCAAAGGUAGAGGAUGUUCAUGUUUACAAACAAGAAAAUGCUAGAGAUAAAUUAGAAAAAGAUCAAACGGUGCAACAAUUUGCUAGAUCCCAUGCGGCUGAUGUUUCUUUAACUUCUCAAAAUCUUUCUAAUGAUGUGAUUGGAGCACAAGUUGAAGAUAAGAAUGUGCCCCCAACACCAAUGAACAGUCUUGUCGAAGGUUCACCUCUGGAUGAGGGUCCUCAUAAUAUUUUUGCAGAAGAUGUGAUAGAAAAAAUCAAUGAAAUUGUUAUUGUUGACUCUGAUCUGUCAGAUUCUAAAUAUAUUGGUCAACAGAAUGAACUUGAAGUAGGUCUUAAACAGGCUGCGUCAGGUCCAAAUGAUGUCUGGAAUGAAAACCAAAAGGAACUAAAUGUAAUUGUACAAUCUUCUGAUUUUUGGACAGAUUUUGAUCAGGAGUUCAGUCAAUCUGAUCUCACACAUUAUGAUAUUUGGAAUGAAAUUGAUAAACAGUCUGAGCAAUUAGUUGAUGAUCAAUGGAGUACACCUGAACAAACUAUUUUCCAAUCACCCUCUGUUAAACCAGACGUGUGUGAUGAACUGAACAAAACUAAAUUGAUCUCAAACAGCCUUGAUAACUGGAACAUAUCUGCAAAAGAAGCAACUGUGUCUGGUUUCGAUAAUUUUGAUCCAUAUUACAAAUUUGGAAACGAAACAUUAUUAGCACCCGAGUCCCUAAACAGUAUAAAAUUACCAAGACAACAGGACAAACAGCAAUGUGCAGAUAGUUCAGAUAUAGGUUCUGAACAGAAACAAUGUACAUCAGCUGUAGCAAAUACAUUUAUUUGGGAUGAACCGAUACAUGAAGUUACAAGACCUAUUGGAAACCUCUCAGAUAUAUCGAAGGAUUCUGACUAUAAAAGCCAACAACCAAACACUGAAAAUCCAGAUACCAGUGCAGAGCCUAUACAGGAUACUGUUCUUUUUUCAUCACAAAUCCCUACAGUAUUAAGGAAUUCUGAACAGGAAGUUAAUUUGCCAGUUGCUGUAAAUUCAUAUCUAGGGAAUGAACCUACACAGGAAAUCCAGUCGACUAAUGAAAUUUUAGGUGCAUGGACAACAUUUGACCAGGAACCCUGCAACUCAACAUCGGAAAGUAGGAAGUUAGGGAUUGCAAUCGACUCCCAAACAACUGCACAUAAAUAUGGCCUAGAGUUUAGUCCUGAACAGGAGAAAAGGCAGUUAGCCAUUGAAAAUACAGAUUCAUGGGCUGAAACUUUACAGACAAAGAACUUUGAAGCAUGGAAUAUUUCUCAGGAUGAUCCCAAACACUCACCAUUGACAAAUCCAGAUCUGUCGAGCAAACAGAUAAAUAACAUUAAUCAACCAGAUAAGGUAAGCAGUGAAUCUGAGCAGGACGUUACUCAGCCAGUGUUUGAAAAUAACAUUCCAAUCACUGAACAUGUUCAGGAACUACAGCAAGCUGAAAUUAGUCACAGUCAGGCAGAAUUUGAAACUGUAGCAUCAUUGAACACAGAGGAAUGCAAACAAGCAUCUCCAAAUGCUUCCGAUAUAUGGAAUGAAUUUGAACAUAGCAGCCAAUCAUCUUCUGAAAGUCUAGAGGAAAGUGGUAAAUGUAUUGAGAAGAUCAGUGAACAAAGUGCAGCAUCUCUCGAUAAAGUGAAAAGUUCAGACCAGAGAAUUAGUUAUUCUACAACUGAAAAUACAUAUAUAGAGGAUAACAAUGAACAAAAGUGCAACCAGCUAUCUACAAGGAUACAUCAUCCAUGGAAUGUGUUUGAACAAGAUAAUAAUGAAUCCUCAUUCAUAAACCAAGAACUCUGGUUCAAUCAAGUACAUGAAAUCAAUCAACCAAUUACAGGCCACCCUAAAUUAUGCUAUGAUUAUGAAAUGGAGGACAGAUUACCAGAGUAUGAAAUUGAUAAAUUCUCCAGAUCUGUUGAGGUUGAAUUGGUAAAAACAGAUAACCAGCAAACCUCUUCAAGUCCUCAGAUGUGGAAUCCGUUACAACAAGGAGUAUCUGAACUGAAUGCAAAAAAUUUAGAUUCACAGGGCAAACAUGAAGAUGAUUUUUUCUAUUCUGAAGAGCAAUGGAAAGCAUCUACACAGAAAACGGAACAGUCAGUGUUCAACCUUCUUGAUAUACAUUGUGAAGGUGAACAGCACAGCCAUGUCUUAGCCUCUGAAAUGCCACAAGGUCAUUUGGCAGCCAUUGAUAUCUGUAGUCAACCUUUGGAAGAAGGAACACUGCAAGCCAUUAAGAAUUCCGAUCAAUACACUGAUUCUGAAUAUGAGUUUAUCCAGCCAACUAUUGACUUUCACAUUUCAAAUAAAUUUGAACAAGAGCCAAAAAAUGCACAACACCCUGACAAACCUGCAGAAGGUGAGAGUAACCAGUCUUGCGCUGAAAUUGCCAACACUGGGAUCGACCCUGCAUUUGAAUUUCCUGAGCUACUUCCCACUAGUAAUGAUGCUUAUAGUGGAUUUGAACAGGAGUUAGUUGAACCAGGGGGAAACAUUCCUGAUAUCGUGAAUGACUAUCACCAAGACACAUACCAGAUUUCUUCUUCAAAUCCUGACGUGUGGGCUAAAUCGGAUCACUCAUUUUUUGGUUCAACUGCUGUAAAUCCUGACAUUUUGAGUGACUAUGAACUAGAUUCAAGCCACUCAGCCUCAAACAGCCCUGAUAGAUGGAGUGAAUCUGUUGAGGCAGAAAAACAAGAUUCUGGAAGUCCAGAUGUGUGGAUUGACUCAGAAGAAAAAACUGCUGAGCCUCUGGCCAAACGACCUGAUAUAGUGGACACGACUGGACAGCAGUCUUGCCUAUCCAUGUCAGACAAUGUUGCUUCAUGUGAAUUAGCUGAACAAGGUCUUUUUUAUCCAUAUCAAAGUGUGCCUAAUGAACUGGUCGAACAGGAAGUCCAUUCACCUGAAAUUACUAUGGAUACAGGGUUUCGUUUAGUACAAUUAGAUGACAAAAAGGAAUCAAAACAUCCUGACAAUUGCAUUGAAUCAGGACAAGAUUUCAUUACAACAGAACAACCAUUUGAUAAAGAUAAGGAGUUGACUGAAUUAAAUAAUGUUAAGUUUGAAUCUGUGCAAGACAAGGAACAAAUUUCUGGUCGUCCUGAUGCUUGGAUUCAGUUAGAAAAAGGAGUUCCUGAAUCAAUCAAAAAAGGUCCGGAAUCACAGGAUAACUAUAAAGAGGACAUAAGUUAUUAUGAUUUAGAAAAUCAUGAAUUUACAGGGCACAGAGACAAUCUAGCCAACCAAGCUGAUUUAGAACACCUUGAUCCCUGGAACCCAGUGGAAGAGAGUUCUUUCACGAUGGAUAGUGUAUUAUCUAGUGUAAAUGAUAUUUCAUCUGCAGAAACUAAGCAGCUUCAAAGCUCAUGUCCUGAAAACAAUGUUUUGUACACAACAGAAAACAAUGAAAUGGCAUCUGUAACUCUGGAGGACAGGAGCUCAACUUCAUUCUUUCUAGGGAAAGAGCAGGAUGGAAGUGUUUCAAAAGAGAAACCUUCAAAUUUAUACCUGGACAAUAAUUCAUGCAGCACAAAUGAUGGGACAAAAGAAAGCCUUUUUUCAAAAUCUGGAUCUGUGGAUGACUAUUUUACUUCUUCUGACUACAACAUGGAUAAUCAGAUAGUUGCUUUACAUAAUUCGGAAGCAAUGGAAUACUUCUCUGUAUCAGAAGAAAAUGUUUUGCAUAUGGAACCACUGACAGAAACAAAGGCCAUUCAUUCAAGUGAUGUAAUUUCAUCUGCAAACGUCAGUGCUUUCAAAACCAUGAAGGGUGAGUUUGCUACAACACAGGAAACUGCCAGUGGUGAGGGACCCUGUCCAACUAGUCCUGAAAUUCAAUGUUGUCGUGAAGAAACUAAAUCAGACAUAUUUAAAGACAAGACAGCAUUUGCCCAUGAAAAUGUAGGACUUGUUUCAUUUCAUGCUGCUUGUGAAUCUGUAAGGCAAUCGGAUUCAGUGAAGGAUUCAACCAAGGUUAUUGAAGAGAGAAAUAUAUUCUCACCAGCAGAUGGUACUGUAGUACUCUCUAACACUGAUGUAUCAAACCAAAUAAAUGCAGAAACUGAGCAUGUAAUACAUAAUGUUAUGGAAAAUGCAUGGGUUUCAUUUGAAAACACAGAUAGCAGCAGUAACAGCAAUGUGACAUCCUGCAGCUUAUCUUCCAGUAUCCAGAAAUCAGACUUUUGGGAAGACCUUAGUCCCCAGGAUGGUAGUAUAAUUGGUGAAGGAUUUUCUCAUGUUUCUGUUUCAGAGAGUAUUGCUGCUACCAAGAGUCAUAAAGAGACUGUAGAAAGUGAAUUAGGAGUGGAAAUUGCAGACCAAUUGUCAGAGCCCUGCAACAAAGGUAGUGAUCCCCUUUUGGAGCAUAGGUUUGAUAAUCAGUACAGUUCCUUGAUUUCUUCGCUCAACUCUCCAGGUUCCUCUGAAGUUGAUAACAGUUCACCAAAAGUUGAACAUGUGAGUAAACAUCAAACCAAAGUGAACUCAAAUAAACUUAGUAGCAAUGAAAUCAGACUAACAUCAGAUAAGGACCAUAGUACAGAAGAAAUGAACUAUAUCAUUGUAUCCGGAAGCGAAAAGCCAUGUGAAGAAGUGCCAGAUAGGCAGGAAUAUAAAAUUUCGGUGAUAAAAGAUGUGAAUACAACCAUUCUAAAAACAGAUUUUCAGGAAUAUACUUUUUCAACAUUUCCUUCAGUUACAAUUGAACCAGGGCUCAGUGGAAAUGAAACUAGUGACUUGGAAAGAUUUACCAAUGGCUCUCCCUCUGCAUACAACACCACUGAUGACCAGCUUGUGGACAAUGAUGACAAAGGUCAAGGGGAAAUAUAUUUAGUUGAGAAAAUCACUGGAGAUCAACAGAGCAAAAAAGCGGAGAAUGCAAAUGAGCGUUUGGGCACCUCACCUGAAGAAAGUUCUAGUGGGGCAGAUAUGAGUGAAUCUGGUUCAGACAAUUCAAUUCAAGAGCUAAAGACAGCAAGACUUCUAGUCAAUGAAACCGGUUCAAAUAAAUCUGAAGAAUCUAAGACUGACUAUGAUGUCAUAUGUCAAAUGUCUUCAGAAAUAGAUGGCACAAUUCAUUCAAGUAGAACCGUAUCUAUAGAUGAUUUAAGCAACAGUGAAACUGAGAGCACUGCAUCACAGUUCUCUGUGAAGGAAGCCAAGAUUUCACAUGAAGAUUUAAGAGAAGGUGGAAAGGUGGCAGAACAGAUUUAUCCAGAACCAUUUGCUACUGAACCUUGUGCUUUGAUGGAAAAAGAAUUAAGGAGGGAAGAGAUUAUUUUAACUGAAAAGAAAAAUUCAACUCAGAUGACUUCCUUAAAAUUUGUGGAGGAGUAUGUACCUCAAAGCUCAGUGUCAAUGGCACAAGAUUCCCUUCAGGGACCCGCUGUGGAAGUAAAGGAAAACUGGCUAUAUGAAGAAUAUAAAGGAUCAGUGCCAGAGGAUGUGGGAAUGGACAUUCCCUUUGAUGAGGGUGUGUUAAGUCCCUUAGAUGAAGAAAGCAGACCUGCACCACCCAAUUCCCUUGACCUCAAUGGAAUCCACCAUGGGAAGAAAAAGCUCACAGCUCCUGAUAUCAGCCUUUCACUCGAUCGGAGUGAAGGCUCAGUCCUAUCUGAUGAUAACCUUGACACCCCAGAUGACCUUGACAUCAAUGUAGAUGACCUUGAGACCCCUGAUGAGGCAGAUUCUCUUGAAUACUCAGGGCAUGGUAAUGAACUGGAGUGGGAAGAUGAAACACCCAAUGCCACUAAUACUGGAAAAGAGGUAGUAGAGCCUAUACCAGAAUAUACUGCUGAAGAGGAGCGCACGGAUAAUCGGUUGUGGAGAACUGUUGUCAUUGGGGAACAAGAACACAGGAUUGACAUGAAGGCUAUUGAACCUUAUAGACGAGUCGUCUCUCAUGGGGGCUACUAUAGCGACGGACUCAAUGCCAUCAUUGUGUUUGCAGCAUGUUUCCUGCCAGAGAGCAGUCGACCCGACUAUAAUUAUAUUAUGGAAAAUCUCUUUUUGUAUGUGAUCAGCACUUUAGAACUCCUGGUAGCUGAGGACUACAUGAUAAUUUAUCUGAAUGGAGCGACUCCAAGGCGGAAGAUGCCAGGUUUUAACUGGAUGAAAAGGUGCUAUCAAAUGAUUGAUCGAAGGUUGAGGAAGAAUUUGAAAUCAUUUAUAAUUGUACAUCCAUCGUGGUUUAUUAGGACGAUCCUCGCAGUCACUCGGCCUUUCAUUAGUUCAAAGUUCAGCAGCAAGGUACGAUAUGUCAGUAGUCUGGCUGAGCUGGAGGAGCUGAUUCCCAUGCAGCAUGUUCAGAUUCCAGAGACUAUAAGAAAGUAUGAAGAAGAAAAGUGUAUAAAAAGAAGGACGAGAUUGGAUGACGAACUAAGAGAUGCAUCAAACACAGCAAGAACUACCAGACUGUCGAUUGAAUCCGAAGCACCUUCAGGGGAACAGGAGGUUGAAACAACACUCAAUAAACAUAUGGAGUAACAGUUGAGCAUGGACUUCCAACUACUGCUUAUGAUUUUUUUAUUUCCAACUAGCAACAGUAGCAAUUAACUUCCUUCAUUAUUUCCUGACCUAUCUGUUUACAUGUUGGUUGAUCAUGUUUAUUUUAUGAAGUGUUAUUCUGUGAGUCAUACUCUGAGACAGUUGUGCCUGUGAAUAAAAUGUCAAACAAUAUUGUAAUAAGUGGCAAUAAUAUACAUCUAGUUAAAGAACUUUAAUUUCAAAAUAAUUGUCUAUUAGAAACACUGCAUUAGUAUUGCCAUAUUUAAAGGGAAUCUCCAAAUAUCAAAUUGCCUCCUUUCCCUUUUGCCCUUACCUUUUUCCCAGUGAACAGUAAAAUGAGCACGAGGUUUUGAAAUGAGACUUUUGCAUCAGAUCAGAUGAUGAGAGUUUUAUUUGUAAAUUCUUGCACCACUUUACAAAAGAAUGAAGAGGGGAAGAUGUGAAAUUAUUUGAAACUUCAAAAUACUUAUAUUGAACUCAAGGGAAAAUUUGUUUGAUUAUCUCUUUCUGACAUAGCUAAACCUAAGGAAGUUUUCUUGUGUUUUAUACAUGUUUUCACAACAAAUAGCUUUUCUUGUGAAACAGUUGCGUGGAGCUGACUUAUUUUAAGCUGAUUCUGUUGUGGCAAGCAAGAAAUAUACCGCCAAGAAACUUAUAAAAACAAUUAUUUUUUACAGCAUAGCUAUUUAUAAAACAUAUAAUUUUUGAAAUUUGUUUCAACAUCACUUGCUGUUGUCUACUUCAUAUGAGAGGUUGGGGGGGCAUCUGUAUUAUACCAUAUUCUGAUCUGGCCCUAGGUACUCUCUGCCUAUGCAUUGAUAGCUGGUGCAUCGGAACUUUAAUCAAGGAUAGAAUUACAAAGAAAACUCCCCUACUGAGCAGUUCUAACCCUCACAAAUCCAGAACUUCUAAGUAAAUUAUAUUUGCUCUGAACUAUUAGCUCAUGAACUAUAACACUACCAAACCCUUCUCAAUGUUACGAAGAUAUCAAAAUACCUUUAUUGCUGAAAUAUGACUAGCUACACAUUUUUAAAUAAUUGUAAUUAAAACAGCUUUGUAAAGUUAAUUUCUUCGCUGCCUGCAUGCCUUUUCUUCCUUUUUCUUCUAUUUCAAUUUAUUUCCAAAAAAAAACAAAAAAAAAAAAUUCCUUCAAGUUUCCCUCCAAGUCUCUCACCAUCCUGAUUUCAACAUAUAUCAUUAUCCUUUCAUCAUCACUGGCUGAAAAUCCUGGGACUUCCUAUUUAGCAGUGGUGUUGGGAGUACCUUUGCCACACAGACUCCAACAGAUCAAGAAGAAGGCCUACCAUCAUCAGGGUAAUUAGGGAUGUGCAAUAAAUGCCAUCCUUGCCAGCAAUACCAAGUGAAAAAGCAAUGAACUUAUCCACUUUGUUUACUUUCACCUUUCAGCUCUUUUUAUUACGAGUUUGAAACUUCUAUAAAUAUUAAGUUUAGAGUAGAAUGCCCAUGAACAUUUUAGCUUGUGUAGAUUUAGUUUUUAAGAAUAUUUUCUUACAGUAAUAAUUCCAAUUCACAAACCUCCAUCAAUGCUAUUUAGAAAUCAGUUGGUAGGACCCACACCACAAUUGUCUAUCCUUUUCCAGUGCUGUACGACUGUAAUUGAUAAGUCACCAGCAAUAGGGUUUAUCCAAAAACUUUUCUUAAAUUGAUGAUUCAUUUCAGUUACUGUGAUUCUAUUUUAUUCUACUUUUGUGCUUUGUUUUAAUUGUCAAAUGAGUUAUUGUUUAAAGAUUAUGUUGAAUUUUUUUGGUUGUGUAUCUCCCUCAAUUCAAAGACUUUUGAAUUGAAUUUUUUAUGCUUUUUAUGAAUCUGUUAACUGUGCAAUAGAUCAUGGAGAUUUCCUUUAACAAAAAGCCAUCCACAUUGCUAGUUGCCAAGAUAACUCAGUGGUUUCUAAAAUUUUAUUUUUGGAAACUAGUCUUAUUUCCUGAGUCAUUUUUUAAGCAAUUAGAAAAGUUUAGACGCAAUAAUCAGUAAUUUUAACUAGUGAGCUUGUGUUGCAUAAGUAUUUUUUAAAAAUUAAAUGAUUUAAUAGCUAUUUCUAACUUUCCCAUGAGUGUUCCUCAGCUUAUUAGUACAACAGUGCUUUAAAAAAGACUAUUACAGAUUUCUAGGGAGGGCAAGCCUUAGCUAAUGUAAACUAAAUAUCAGUUAUGAAAAAUGUUUGCACCCAAAUUUAUCAUAAAAUUAUGAUAGUGAAUUUAUAUGUAAUUCCAUUACUUUCUGUAAUGCUUUUCUGUAGCGUUCAUAAUUUCCAACAAACCUACUUUCAUUAAAGAAUAGCAAGAAGGAUGCAUCCUGCCCUGGGAAGGAUUACAAUCCCAUCCAGAGUUGGAUUUAUUGCUUUCAUUGGGAGAGGUUCCUAAUUAAUCCACUUCCAUGACCAAAUCACUUGACCAAUGAGUGCUCUGAGCCCCUUCUCCCAAUUGUGUUUCCUCUGCCUCAUCCCAUAGCUUAUCGACACAAUUGCUCUAACAGGUGUUUUUUUAGAAGUCAUUACUCACUGACGUAUUUGUGUCAUUCAGCAGAUCACGGGUGAGCUUCCAGCACUUCCCUUUAUACGCAAUCGGCUUGCUUGGUGGCAAAGCUACACCUCAAUCAAUAAACUGUUCUUGGUAAUUUACGAGAGUAGCGACAAAUGUAUGUUGGCUUCUUAAGGAAGUUCUGAAAAGUGUAAAGGGGUUCAGUCUUGACUAAGUAAAUGCUAAAUAAUCUCACUUUUUGCAUUCCUAAAUUCAUGGUCAGUGGACUAUUGUAAAUGAAAACACCAGAAUUUUUUUUACUGUAUCAUGUCUAUAAUAUUCUCUCAUCUAAAAAUUGUUAGAAAAUGCAAUGUAGUUAACAACACCAUGCAAGUCAGAAAUUACUUGUUGCGUUCUCAGUUGCAUUUAGUUUUUAUUAAAGUGUAAUUUAUAUAAGUGAAUUACACUCAUACAAUAUAACUAAAUGAGCCAUUUAAGGGACGAAUUCACUCUUUAUUAAGAUUUAAAAAUAAACUACCUAAAGUGACUGCAAGAAAAACCAAGUUGUUUCUAAAAGGGCAUAUUUUUUCCUAUGUGACAAGUGACUUAACAAUAUCCUCCUUUCUGUGCCAUGUUAGUUGCACAGAAUUUAAGAAAAAUUCAAUUUAGGAUCGCAGACAAAUUGAGCAAUGCUAUUUCAAUGUGGAUUUCUGCAUUAUCUCUUUUGACAUAGAAACUUCUGAAUCUAAGAAAAAUGUUGUUUAUGUAUAUAUUACUAUGUUAGAGAAUUAAAGAUAUCCAACAGUUAGAGAACAUGUGCAUGCUGGGGCAGAGGCUGCAGCAUCACUGAAGGAGGAAUCAACACCUUAUAGUAGCUAUACCUGCUGCACUGUCUGGCUGUUAUGGUAAAGCAAUGCCCUCUGCAACUGUAUCCUUUAAGGCAUUAUUACUUUGAAAAUUGGUGGUCAUCCUUUAUGUAAAAAUAUGAUGUGAAACUUUACACAUCCUUAUUAUGGUAAUUUGCACUAUUAAAUGCUGUGCUGUCCUUUA